GAGGAUGAAGCGAGAAAGUAUACAGUGAUAUUGAUCCUUAUAUGAAAUUCUUCUGUGUCUAUUCAAUCUUUAAAAGUAUCUACAAACUGCGACAUUCAACACAAGUUCAAAUACGUUCUCGCUCCCGCACCGAAGCAAACGUUCUACCACAUACUGAAGAGCACGGGACCGGCCAUCCGUUGUUGAUCUCGUGGCGUGUCCUUCUCCGGGAAAGUUUUGCGAUUAAGUGCCCAAAAUGGCGAAAAUAGCAAGCCUCGAAGACCCGCAAACGGACCCUGAGGACCUGUUCGGUUUACUAACAGACUAUCAAUAUGACAUACCGGAACUGGAGCUCGACAUAGAUUCGUCCUUUCAUCAGCUGGAGCCCAGUGCAACUUGCGAGACAUGGAACAUACUGAGUGAGGAUUUCAUCGAACUAGACCAAGAAUUCGACAGUUGUCUCAUGAUCGAUUUCAGCUUCGGAAGCAGCUUUAAAACACAAGAGGAAAAAGACCAAAUGGGUGGAGCAAGUGACGCUGUGUAUACUACUGUGGAUCGUGUGCUGCCCGAGCCAAGUGGGGAGAAAACGCCAGACAGCAUCUCAACGUCGCGUGAUUGCGUGGAGAGCGUCGACGACCUGUUUCGGCUUCUAACGUCCUCCUCAUCGUGGGACGUCCCUGGGUGUCCUCCAGCUGCCUCCGCCGAGCCGACCCUUCCGCAGGACACCCCAAGUACCUCAGGCAUGAAAGGAGGGACUCCCGAAAAAGGAGAAGACUCCCAGCGGCAGCGUCGGCGACCCAAAGUCUCGUACAGGAACAUGACGAAGGAGCAGAAGACCUCCCGCGUCCGCCUUCUGAACAACGAGGCGUCCAAGCUUUACCGAGACCGACGGAAGGACAAGAGGACGCGGCUGGUUCAGGAGGCUGAGGAACUGGAGAAGGCGAACGAGGCCCUGCGGCUGAAAGUGAGAAGGAUGCAGGAGCAGAAGGAGAAGUUGAGAAAGUGCGCCUUCUGUCGACUAAGUUGUGAAUGAGCAGGAGAUUGGAAUUGCUUUAUAGUGAUGUAUUAAUACGUUUUUUAUGUCAAAAUGCAAUUGUUUUUGUUUUUAUAAACGCCUAUGGGUGUUUACAUAUUUACAAACAUACACACGUGUGUGCAUGUGUGUUUGUG